GCUGUCGAUAACGAUAUUUUGCAAAACGGUUCGUCUUACUUUAUGACAUCAUUUGCUUUACGAAGAAAAAGCAAAAACAAAUGUGUUUUAGUGUACUGGUUUAAUAUUUGUUUCUUUGGGUAUUAAUUACAUUGAUGCUGUCCUCCACACAUUUGCGUCGUUAUUUUACCAGAUGUGUGCAUUUUAUACAUUAAAUUAAUGAAUGACUUCGCCUUCAGUUUUCAUUUAUUGCAUUGAAUAAUUCUGUUUGAAAGCAAUGGAGGUUCCUGGAAAGAGGGAAAUAAAUAAUUUAUCUUGCAAACCAUGUGAAGAAAGUGAUGUGUUGACUCAAGCGGAUGGAUUUUGUACGAAUUGUGAAGAGCAUAUGUGUUCGAGUUGUUUCAAUGCACACAAAAAGUAUAAGCUUAAUCGAGAUCACACUUUAAUGGACUGUAAUGAGGAAAUAACACGAAGAGAAGAUUCUAGUAAUUUUGAGAAAUGCGAGCAACACUUGAAUGAAUCAGUGAAGUUUUAUUGUGCACAGCACGAGCAAGUUGGUUGCGGAGAUUGUAUGAUCAUAGGUCAUAAGUCGUGUAAGGUCGAUUAUAUUCUUGAUAAGGCAAAUGAUCUUAAAGGCACAACAGAGCUGGAGUCUUUGACCAAGGGACCGGAAAUAUGCAAGACUGAAGCUAAACGAUUAUUGUCGUCAAUAAAGAACAAUAAAGUUCAAAUUGAUGAUAUCAAUGAUAAGUUCAAACAGGACGUUAACCUGUUUUGGGAAGAGAUAACUACACAAAUUAACAACUUGAGAGAUCGUAUGCUUAAAGAAG